GUGGGACACCCUGUAUAAUCAUAAUUCAUAACCGUUGUCUGUGGUACUUAUUGUUGUAGGCACAUCGUGUAUAAAUUGCUUUAAAUGUUCAUCUUUGAAUGGAAGCAAUGCGAAUUGUGAAGAUCCAUUUAACCCUGCAAUGUCCACAUACAUAGAAAAAUGUAUGGUUCCAAAAAGAGGUCACGUAGGAAUGUUUCCAGCAAAUUUUUGUACUAAAAUCAUUGGGAGAAAUGUGUUAACCAAUGAAAUUAUGGUCAUCAGACAAUGUGCCAUGAAAACUAUGGACUCUCAGUGCGGUAAAUUCAAUUAUCAAGAUCACACCAUGGACGGAUGUAUUCUCACCUGUGAUUUCGACGGGUGUAAUUCAGGACAAAAUAAUAAGCCCAAUACGGUGUUACAAAUAACGCUUUCUUCGCUGCUACUAGUAUUAACAUCAUACUAUGUCAACAAAACUAUUGAAUGUUUUCAAAUUACUUAGAAUAACUAUUUGAUGUAAAAUCAAAUAUCUAGCUUUUCAAUGUAUAUUUUAUAAUUG